UGAAAAAUACUUUAAUGCAAAAGCAAACAAAGGGUGCAGUCUCUCACCUGUUUGUUAGGAGUUAGGACUGAGAUUUCAGAGAGAAGGGAAGGUCCAUUUAAACCUCUCCUCACUGUGGUAGCAUAUUCCAAAGCAUCCACCAAACUCAGAAAAAUAUAGUAUUUCAAUACAAAUAUCAAAACAUUUGUUUCCUAAUUAUAUUUAUAUACGCUUUGUGCCUAUAUUUAUACAAUUCUACCUUUCCUACUUUGAAAGUUACUUUUGAUUGGGAUCUUCUCGUUUUGAUUUUUUUUUUUUUGUGUUUUUCUGUCCAAAAUCCAGUAAAACCUUCCUGGGUUUUCUGGGUUGUUGGAUAUUUAUUAUACAUAGCUUCACUGUAACGCAAAGUUUGGUUCUUGUGAUCGAACAAGGUUGUUUAUGGUUUUAUUGAGGUUUUUGGGAUUUUGUUUGUAAACAUGAUUUGCACUAUCAAGCAAUCUGUGACUGCGAUCAAUGGGUCAUCGGAGUCUGUUUUUCGUAGAAGAUCUCCGUUACAAGUGCCGCGAUCUUCGUUUUCACCGUCUCUACCCGCUUCAAAGGAGAACCCAAAGACUACCCGUCUCCAGGUUUCAAGACCUUUACAUGUAGCUUCGAUCGAGUGUUUUGGGAUGUUGAGGCAGACCCAGAAAAAGGUGGACAAGUCCUUGAUCAGAUGCGAUGCUUACGAGGCAGACCAAUCGGAGCCGAUCGAAAACACCAAAAUUGUGGCGGCGAAGAGAGUGAAGAUAGGUAUCUACUUUGCGACUUGGUGGGCUUUGAAUGUUGUGUUCAAUAUAUACAACAAAAAGGUGUUGAAUGCUUUUCCGUAUCCAUGGUUAACCUCUACGCUCUCUCUGGCUGCUGGAUCACUCAUUAUGCUGAUUUCCUGGGCCACCAGAAUCGCUGAGGCGCCCAAGACUGACUUCGAGUUCUGGAAGACUUUGCUUCCGGUUGCUGUGGCACAUACGAUUGGGCAUGUGGCAGCUACUGUGAGUAUGUCAAAGGUUGCAGUUUCGUUCACCCACAUCAUCAAGAGUGGGGAGCCAGCUUUUAGUGUCUUGGUUUCAAGGUUUUUGUUGGGUGAGACCUUCCCAGUCCCGGUCUACUUAUCCCUUAUUCCCAUCAUCGGUGGUUGCGCACUUGCUGCUGUGACUGAGCUUAACUUCAACAUGAUUGGUUUUAUGGGUGCCAUGAUAUCCAACUUGGCGUUUGUAUUCCGGAACAUAUUCUCGAAGAAGGGCAUGAAGGGCAAAUCUGUUAGCGGAAUGAACUACUAUGCUUGUCUUUCUCUGUUGUCUCUUUUAAUUCUUACACCUUUUGCAAUUGCUGUGGAGGGGCCGCAGAUGUGGGCAGCUGGUUGGCAAAAUGCCAUCAGUCAGAUUGGACCACAUUUUAUAUGGUGGGUGGCAGCCCAAAGUGUGUUCUAUCAUCUCUACAACCAGGUGUCAUACAUGUCGCUGGACGAGAUCUCUCCCUUGACAUUUAGCAUUGGUAAUACAAUGAAGCGUAUUUCAGUCAUAGUCUCAUCCAUUAUCAUUUUUCAUACGCCAGUCCAACCCGUCAACGCCCUUGGAGCUGCCAUCGCAAUCCUUGGAACCUUCUUGUAUUCUCAGUCAAAGCAGUGAUAAAGCUGGAUACGGAGAAUAUAGAGAUUUCGUCGUAAAUCAGAGAAAAAUGCUGUGAAGAAGGGGAUUAUGAUUAUGCCUGCUUUGUUUCCAGAUGGUUGAGCGCUAGAUUUGGUCAGAGGUGCCAGUAAUGUUUUUCUUUGUUGUAGAUAAUCAUAAUAAUGAUAAUAAACAACGUUACUUUUAGGCUUUAGGCAGGUUUGUAUACUUUAAUGAGAGGCUUUGAAGGAGUGAAAUCUCCAAUAAACAAGAUUAUGUUCCGGCUCUCGUCGGUUUCGAGGAUCUUUGAUAAGUUUAAUGUGUGUAUUUCUUGGAUAAAUGUUAUCAGAAUUCAGAAUUCAGAAUUCUAUUAUAUGCAAGUGGACAACGUUUUGCUGA